AUGGGGGGCAGCGGUCGUAUUGCUGCCAUACCACCCACCGGAAGCACUACUUCCCUCGUUGCGGCUGUGACGGAUCGUGGUGGUACGACUGGCGGGCGUUCGGCGAAAAAUCUUACAUGUUACAGCUGCAGGAAGACAGGCCAUAUCGCGGCCAAAUGCUUCGAGGUGAUCAGCUACCCCGAGUGGUGGGGCUCCAUCGACGGUGGGCGCAGGGGAGGGACCGGUCGAGGCGGCAGCCCGCGGUGCUGGCAAAUGCAGGGGCGGCCAAGCACGUGCUCACACGAUAUUUGGGAAUGCUCACACGAUAUUUGGGAAUGCUCUGCACGGUUCAACUAG